GGCCCAGCGGGCCGGGAGGCUCGGGCCGGCCGCGUGUGCCCGGCCGCUCGCAUCCUCCCUGCUUCAGGCACCCAAGUUCUGAAAGGAAGCGACGUCCACCACAGAGCCGCGGCCAUGGUCGCUCUGCCCGCCCGCCGCCCGGGCGCCAGCGGGCGGGAGGCGGUAGUCUGAAGCCCCCAAGCGUACCUCGCCCCCAACGGCCCUCCGCUCGCGCCGCUACCACGCCGAGGUCGAGGCGGCGGGGCCGCCGCCCAUUGGCCCGCCGCAGCCCUUCGCCCGCCCCCUCGCCGGGCUCAUUGGUCCGAGCAGCGGCGCCCGCGGGAUAGGCGGCGGUGGCGCCCCUCCCUCGCGCCGGCCCUCAAGAGGGCGACGAGGAAGCGGCUGCCUCCCUGCGCCCCGCCCCACGGGCUCGCUCGGUGGCUCCGGCUCCUCCCGACUUCUCCCGGCUCCUCCCGGCUCCUCCCGGCCCUCUCCCGGCUCCCUCCGGCUCCGGCUCCGGCUCCGGCUCCGGCUCCGGCUCCGGCUCCGGCUCCGGCGCAGCGGCCGCGGGCAGUUGCAGUGGUGCAAAAUGGCUGACCUCAGUCUUGCAGACGCAUUAACAGAGCCACCUCCAGAGAUUGAGGAAGAGAUAAAACGGGACUUUAUUGCCACACUGGAGGCAGAGGCCUUUGAUGAUGUUGUGGGAGAAACUGUUGGAAAAACAGACUAUAUUCCUCUCCUGGAUGUUGAUGAGAAAACCGGGAAUUCGGAGUCAAAGAAAAAACCAUGCUCAGAUCCUAGCCAGGUUGAAGGUGCUCCAUCGAAACCAACAGGGCUAGCCAACGGUGAUCAUGGAAUAGAAGGCAAUGAUACUGCAGGCUCGCCAACUCAAUUCCUUGAAGAGAAAAUGCCCUACGAGGGAUAUCAGAACAUCCAGAGCUGGCCAGAAAAUACAAACUUUUGCUUUGAGCCAGAACAGUUGGUGAAUCCUACCCAGACUGAUCCUUUUAAGAUGCACCAUGAUGAUGGCCUGGAGGAUUUUCUCUUUCUCCCCAGUGGAACAACCAAUGCUGCAGCAUUUACAGAACGAAAUGCUCCCCUGCAAGACAAUUAUGGACUGUUUCCCUGUGGCACAUUUUCUCCUGCAGCUGUUGUUCCUCAGGGGUGGCCCAUGGAAGCCCCAAACUCUCCACAUUCAGAAUCGUUCAUUUCCCCAAUGGCCAUGCCACAGCCUCUGCAGCCCACAGAGCCAGCUGAAGAGGUAGAAAUGACAUCAGCAGAAGAGAGGGCACCAGCAGAAGCAUUGGAAACCAUGAGAGGCCUGGAGGCUGCUGACAUGUCACCAUCUAGAGAAACAGAGAUGGCUCUAGCUGAGGACCUGGCACCAGCCACAGAAAUAGAGGUGGCAUUGGCUAAAGACAUGGAAGUAUCUCCCAAAUCAGAUGUGACACAGGCUAAGGACAUAGAAUCAUCUAUGGAGUCAGAUAUGCCCUUAGUCAAGGACAUGGUACUGCCCAGAGAAACAGAAGAAGCUCCAGUUAAGGAUGUCGUAUUGUCCACAGAAGAAGAUGUAUCAUUAGCCAAGGAUGUGGUACUACCCCCAGAAACAGAGGUGGCCCUAGCCAAGGAUAUAUUAUCAUUCAAAGAAACAGAGAGAGCACCACCUAUAAAAAUGGAUUUGUCCCCAGAUGAGGGCACGGUACCAUGCACAGACAGAGAGAUGGCCCCAGCCAAGGGUGUGGUAUCACUCUCAGAAAUAGAAGUGGCAUUGGCUAAAGAUGUUAUAUCAUCCACAGAAAUACCUUCAGCCAAGGAAGUGGCUUUGUCCCCAGAAACAGAGGUGGCCCCAACUGGGGACAUGACACUGCCUCCCGAAACCAAGGUGAUCUUGACUGAGGUUGUGCCACUGCCCCCAGAAACAAAGGUGGCCGCAGUCAAGGACAUUGCUCUAUAUCCAGAUAUAGAAAAGACCCCAGUGAAGGACGUGGCUCCAUCCCCAGAAUCAGAGAUGGUCCUGGGCAAGGAAGUGGCUCCAUCCCAAGAAACAGAGUUGGCCCUGGGCAAGGACAUGGUUUCACCUCCAGAAACAGAGGUAGCCCUGGACAAGAAUGUGGCUGUGCCACCAGAAACGGAAGUGACCCUGACCAAGGAUGUGCCUCAGCCUCCAGAAACAGAGGUAGCCCUGACUAAGGAUGUGGCUCUGCCCCCUGGGACAGAGGUGAUCCUGGCCAACAAUGUGAAUCCCGCCAAGGAUGUUGCACCACUCUCAGAAACAGAGGUGGCACCAGUUCCAGCUAAGGACAUGGACACUCCAUGGACACAGGAAGAAAUAAGCAAGGCGUGCCAGUUAAAAUCUCCCAAGGAUGAGGGGCAGUCAGCUGCAUCUACUUUUAUCAUUUCUCCAGAACCAGUCCCAGCCAUGGGCCAGAAGUACAACUUGCCAACAGAUGACGAUUCUGUGUUAGAGAAACAAAAGCAAAAGAAACCAUUCAGUAGCCAACCUCCUGAACUUUCUUCAGAGAUCUCGGGUACCCCUCCCACACAAGACAAACAAGUGUGCAGACCCAGUGACCGCAGGUCCACUCGGCCCAGGCCUGCCAGGGUCCCUUCUGAGCUGCUGGGAGUCUCUUCUCCACGGAAGACUCUUGAUCCCGGGCUGGGCACCUGCUCUUUGUCUGAGUUGGGAUGGGUCUCUGGUUCGUCUUCCUGUGGUGAGCUGGGGAGCCAAAGGAAAACUAUUCAUGUUGACUUCUUUGAACCCAAGCGAGAUCUUGGCAGGGAGGCCUGGGAUAUAGAUAGUGCACCAAUGAUGAUGAAGAAAAAAAAGAAGAAACCAAAGCAAAAGAGAUAUCCUCAAGUCCGGGCUGGGGGACCUUGGGAUGACGACAGUGCAGAUGACCGUAAAGGUCAUCCCUUUGCAGUAGAUCCACAGAAGUCAGGUGUUCCUCCCAGCCUGCCUACUGCUAUGGGCAUGGAAUAUGGACUGGCAUCCAGAGGAAACUUCAAAAAGGAAUGUGAAGUGGAGUCCAGAGCCAUGAAGCUGGUAGCUGAGAACUUUGUCUCAGAAAGUGUCAGCAUUCCUUUGUGUCCUUUGGAAGAACCCCUGAAAACUGCAGGAAGGUCUCAGCCCGAGCCAGGAGUAAAAGCAGAGGUCAGUGGUAGCCAGUCAGUACCCCUGGGCCGGGGCCAGAAAUGGCUGCAGCCAGGUGAAGGCCAACCAGGGCCCGCACCCCACCUGAAAACCCCCGUGGAUGAAAGCCAAACAGUAGGCUCACCUGAUCGGAAAGGACCCCCAACACAAGUUUCUGCACACAAAGUAGAAAUUCCUUUGGAGAUCACACCCAAAGAGGGUUGCUCUCCUCUCUCAGACCAAGAAGCUGUGAGGGGGUGUUCAAAACCCACAGUGGCAGAAGAACUGCCUCACCUGGCACCCACUUGGCCAGCAACUUCCUCAUUAGGAAGUAGUCUAAAAGAAGGGGAUGAUGAAGGUAAAGUGACUACGUUGCAAAAGGACAGACAGACAGGGUUUUCUGAAGGAGCUAAAGAGAUUAAAGAACUAACAAAGGAAGCUUUUCCCAAGCUAAGCCAAGAGAUGGGCACCUUGGCUUCUAGGCAGCUGCAGGAUGAGGUGGCAGUUCAGAUGCUUGGGCCAGAGAGAGAGCCUAUUCAGAGAAUGGCAGGGGAUGGCAGAAGCAGGAAGGGAAGGGCAGGUUCUGGGAAAGUGAGAGCCAGUUCUGGGAAGGGAAGAGCAAGAUCUGAGCCACCAUUUCUUCUGGACAGCUGGAAGGAUGGCCCAGCUGUUCUUGCAGCAAGUGAGCCAGCCCCUAAAACUGAAAGAGUGACUUCUGGGGAGAAGAGUGAGGAACUGGUUUCUUCAAAGCAGUCAGGGACCAUAGUGAGUCUCACUGAGGCAGUGGUGAUGGGAGAGCCUACAGAGAUAGCUGACGUGUGGGGGGCCAGCACCUCCCACAUGUUGAUUCCUUUGGGAAGUGGGUCAGGCACGACUUCCAGCACUAGGACAGAAAGAAAUAUGGGUGUUAGUAACCAGGACAAGGAAGGAAAGUGUCCUUGGGUGAGUGGUGAGGCAGCUCCCUGGAUUUCUGAAAAGCCUAAAAAAAGGAGUAAUGAGGGCAAAACCAAAAAGUUCAAAAACAAUUCUUUCACCCAGCUUGCUAGAAUGGAGUGCAAGGAGGAAACCCCCAACCCACCUUUUGUAGGGAAGGAUAGAGAUGCUGGUAGUACUCCUCAUCAAAACAAGGACUUAGGCUGCAUUUUCCCCUUAAAUCAUGAUCUUUUGUCCUCACAUACAUCAGCUAUUCCCACAGUGGAAGUAGGUGACCAAAAGGGGAGGAAUGAUGAGGUUAAUUCUUUUGAGUUUGGGGCUCUUGGUGGGAACAAGACAAACAUAGUGAAGGACUCUGCUGUUUUUGAACCCGAUACCAAGGUGAGAGAUGUGAGCUGCCAAAGCCAAACCCAGGGGGCAGGAUUUGUUCCUUCAGCUCUGUCUGCAGAGAACAAGACAGAUGCAACCAAGGGACAUGCUGCAGUGGCUGACAAACCAAAUAAAAGGAGCAAUGAUGGAAAAAGCAAAAAGGUUAAAAAUAGUUUCCCCGAGAAGCAUCUUCUGGAGAAUACGAUAGAUGCAUCAAAAAUACAUGUUCCCAUGGAAACCACAGGGGACCACAGAACUGAAGGAAUGGGCUAUGUGGACGAAAAUAGAAAUAUCACAUUUACCUGCCCCAGAACACUCCCAGGGCUGAUGAAUAAGUCAGCCCCUCCAGAGGCUCUGGAGUCAGCAGCCUGUGAAGGACUGCCCACUCCUGCUUCUCAAACAGUAAAAGAGGGUGAUUCUUUUCCAAAUAUCUUGGCAGAAAGUGAGCAAGAGACCACUCCGGCCCAGAUACCCAAAUUAUUAGCAGUAGAUAAUUGCAGCAAAAGUGGAGUCCCAGAUCAAGAAAGACCCAAGUCCCCCUCUGCUGUUGCACUUUCUGCAAGCACAGGAGGAGGAGUUGCCCUCACUUUUACAGCAGCCAUAGAAACAGUUAACUGCCAAGGAGGGAACUGUUUUAAGAAUAAAGGUGAGUUUGCUGAUCCCAUAAAAAAUGAAGCAGGAAUGGAUGGAGGACAUGUGCUAGGAGGAUCUGAGUCAGUACCCAGUGGUGCAUCGAAGCAUUUGAUAGAGAAAAUCCCAGAGCUCGCAAAGGGACACCUUUCUGGAGUGUCAGUAGAAGACCAAAGCCUACCAGGUGAGGUCAGAGUCUUGGAAACAUGUGCAGAUGGGAACAGUUUUCCAACACACCCAGUUAACAAAAAGAAAGAGUCUGAGGAAGGUUCUGCCCCCAUUCAGAUUCCUGACUUACUAGGAGACAAAGCACAAAAGCCCAAUUUCUGUGAGGACCAAAAUGCUGACAGUCGAGAAUCCAAGGACCCAGACAGUUUGAAUAAGGAAGUAGAUAGGGCCCUGUUGCCUCCAAAAAGUGAAAAAAAUAAAGUGGAAGAAGUUAGCCCGGCUUCUAAAAUCACUGAUUCAGAACAAACUUCCAUGGCAACACCAGAAUUCCAGUCAGAUUUCUUAGAUGGCAGAGCUGCAGCUACUCCAUUGCAGGUGGUAGAGAACUUAUUAGUAGUGACUACUUCCAAGCAUCCUGAACUCCUAAAACCCAAAGAUAAGAUCUCGGAGGCACCUGACAAAGUGACUGAAAAGUCUGAGCCAAAGGCACCAGAAGGGAAGAAGGAAGAUAAAAGCAGAAUGGCAGAACCCAUGAAGGGCUACAUGAGACCAACCAAGUCUCGAGGCCUUACUCCACUUCUGCCAAAGUCUACAGUCCAGGAACGAGAGAGAUCCAAGCAACUGAAGACCAGCGGAAUAAGUAAGCCAGAAGAAGGACGGCCUGCUGGGAGUGUGACCGGAAAUGACAUCACCACCCCUCCGAACAAGGAGCUCCCACCAAGCCCGGAGAAGAAGACAAAGGUAGUCCCCAGAGUGCCUUUGGCCACCACUCAACCUGCCAAGACUUCAACAUCGAAAGCCAAAACUCAGCCCACUCCUCUCCCUAAGCAGCCGGCUCCCACCACCUUGGGUGGGUCAAAUAAAAAGCCCAUGAGCCUCGCUGCAGGCUUAGUGCCGGCUGCCCCGCCCAAACGCCCUGCUGCCGCCACUGCCAGGCCUUCCACCUUACCUUCAAAAGACGCAAAACCCAAGCCUAUUGCAGAGGCAAAGAUUCCUGAGAAGCGAGCCUCGCCAUCCAAGCCAGCCUCUGUCCCGGCCCUCAGGCCUGGCUCCAGGGGCACCCAGACUGUUCCAAAAGCCACAGCUGCCACCAGUCCUGCCUCUGCGGGGUCAAGCAGCAGGAGCCCUCCCACACCUGUGCCCAAGAGGCCCACUGCUGUCAAGACUGAAGGAAAACCUGCAGACAUGAAGAAGACAGCUACAAAGUCUGCACCAGCUGACUUGAGUCGCACCAAGACCACCACCACCACCAGUUCCGUGAAGAAGAACACUACUGUCCCUGGGGCAGCCCCCACGGCAGGAGUGGCUCCCAGCCGAGCCAAGCCUACACCUCCGCCUUCCCGGCCCUCUGGGACUCCUUCCUCAGACAAGAAGCCCAUGUCCACCAAGCCCAGCUCCUCUACUCCGAGGCUGAGCCGUCUCUCUACCAAUGCUUCUGCCCCUGAUCUGAAGAACGUCCGCUCCAAGGUUGGCUCCACGGAAAACAUCAAGCACCAGCCUGGAGGAGGCCGGGCCAAGGUAGAGAAAAAAACAGAGGCAUCUGCUCCGGCUCGAAAGCCUGAACCUAACGCAGUCACUAAAACAGCUGGUCCCAUUGCGAGUGCACAGAAACCACCUGCUGGGAAAGUCCAGAUAGUCUCCAAAAAAGUGAGCUACAGCCAUAUUCAGUCCAAGUGUGGUUCCAAGGACAAUAUUAAGCAUGUCCCUGGAGGUGGUAAUGUUCAGAUUCAGAAUAAGAAGGUGGACAUCUCUAAGGUCUCCUCCAAAUGUGGGUCCAAGGCUAACAUCAAGCACAAACCUGGUGGAGGAGACGUCAAGAUUGAAAGUCAGAAGUUGAACUUCAAGGAGAAGGCCCAGGCGAAGGUGGGCUCCCUCGAUAAUGUGGGCCACCUGCCUGCAGGAGGUGCCGUGAAGACUGAGGGCGGUGGCAGCGAGGCCCCUCCGUGCCCGGGCCCCCCCGCUGGGGAGGAGCCAGCCAUCCCCGAGGCAGCGCCCGAAGCUGGCGCCCCCACUUCAGCCAGUGGCCUCAGUAGCCACCCCACCCUGGCAGGGGGUGGUGACCAAAGGGAGGCCCAGACCUUGGACAGCCAGAUCCAGGAGACAAGCAUCUAAUGAUGACAUUCUGGUCUCGUCUUCCGUCCCCUGUGUUCCCCCUCUUGUGUCCCUCGUGACCCUCUCCCUUCCCUCCUCCCGUGUCACUGCAGAUUGAGACCUACAGGCUGACGUUCCGGGCAAAUGCCAGGGCCCGCACCGACCACGGGGCUGACAUUGUCUCCCGCCCCCCCCACCUCCCUGGCGGCCCCAGCGCAGGCACCCGGGCUCUUGGCUCCCUGUCCCGGGCUGCUUUCUAGACCCCACAUGGCUUGGGUGCUGGGCCGCCCUCCAGGCCCCGUGCCCUUCCCCCACCUUGCUCACCCAGGGCAGCCGCAGGCCCACCCCAGACCUCCUCUCCUCCCUGCCCUGGGCCUGGCUCCUCGCUUUCUUCCUGUCCCUUCCUGGCACACUGCUCCGCACACCAGCUUGGGAGGUGAAUGAGGUGGGGAGGCCACCUGGGGGUCUUGUGGGAUCUAGGAGAGGGGAACUGGAUUCCAACCUCCUCUUUGGGUUUUUCGGACCAAACCCAAGAGACACUGACAUAGCUGUCCUCCUCGCUGGGCCCACCCGGAGGGAAGAAUGGAAUUGGAUGGCCAUGUGGUGGCCAGGUGCGGACUGCAUCUCUCAGAACCCGCGAAGCCCCUGCCUCUCCCUUUCAUCCCUCGGUGCUGCCCACCGUGCAGGUGGGGCCAAGCACGUCUCGCCCUGCCCCAAGUUAGCUAGGGGUCGGUCCUGCCUGUCCCUGCUGCUUCCCAUACCUGCCUAGCUGCUGUCACACUUCUCUUUUCUUGUUUUAUCCUUUUUUUUUCUUUUUUUUUUAAUAACCUAAAAACUGGUAGAGGAGUUUUGCAGGUUGAAGCCAUGUCUAAAUGAAAAGUCCUCAGUAGGUGUUAAAGGAAACAGGGAGGGGAGGUCCUGAAGCCUCCUGCCAGGGGGUCAGGCGUCAGGGGCUGCCCUGGCCUGGGUGGCUGGGGGCCCGGGAGGCGUGGACGGGGCAGGUGAGGUGCAGGGGCUGUGGCCUGAUGAGCAGGUGGGGCACAAUAGCGGCUGGGCAGAGUGUGGACUGGUUGUUCUGGUAUUUUGUGUGUAUGCUGCUUUUCUUUUCUAACCAAGAGGCUGGUUUUGGCAUCUCUGUCUCAUUCCCUGGGAUCUAGUGGGAGGUACAAGUUUGGGGCUGGAGAAACAGGGAAGGGCUAUGGAGGUCAAAGUCCUCCAGGCUUGCAGGCCUAGGACACCAGAGCCCUCAGUUACCGGUGAGCCCAAGCUGUCCAGAGCUCAACAUGGGUGAUUGGGAAUCAGGUAUGGAAAUUGAAAAAGGCAUGAGACAGGCCAUCUCCCCGCCCCUUACAGCCUGACUGGGGAUGGGGGAGAGGUGGGGCCAGCCCGUGGAGGAAUGUCCCAGCUAUAGGCCCGCUCUUGGGAUGGCUGCAAUGAUGAGAAAUCCCGGGAAUUGUAUUGACAUGAAGAUUCUUAUUGCACUUGUAUUUUUUUUUUUGUAUUAAAGUUUGCAUGGUUUCUAAUAAAGGAUUAAAAUGUAACAGUUUGUAGUGAAAUGGCCGGGGAGUCUCUGAGGGCUUCUCCUCUGGAAGAGCAUUUUCUGCAGUGCAGACUUGCCCCUGAGGAGGCCACCAGCUUUGGCCCCUCGCCCUCCCCACCAUCACUCUGGCUGGCUGUCUUGGAGCCGAGAAGGUAGAGGUCCUUGACCUAGGUUCAGAUGGCAUCUCCACGGAUUGGGAGGGCAUCUGGGCCAGCAGGUUCUCCCGCUUCGGAGGUAUCGUUUUCCUUGGGGAGGUUUGACACCACAUCCUCAGCUCCCCAAGCACAGACUACAGGGAUCUUGUGGACAAAGCGUUUCCCAAGCCAAAGACUGCAGAAUGGUUUGUGCCAAUGACAUCAGGGCAGCACCCAUGUUUUGUCAGCAGGAAAAGCAGUAGACUCUGCAGGGCCUGGAGGUACCUAUGCCCUUCUUGUCCCAGUCCCACAGAGGUGGAGGUUGACAGAUGGCUCUUGGUCCAAGGGUAGGGGUGAGAGGUGACCCUUACAGAACAGAACACUAAGUGGGCUGGAACAGUCAUUAUUGUGAGGGGCUGUCUGGUCCCAGCUCCUGUGUCCCCCAAGCCAGAGAAGUGAAGGCUGCCUGCCAGCGAGGAACCAGAGCCGUGUGCUGUGUACUACCUGCAGCCACUUGGGGGUGCAACGUUUCUGUACUUCCAGUUUGCUUAUGGCUCAGCCAUUGCCUGUGUCAAUCUGAGAUUCUGUUGUACCCAUUUCAAGAGUAAAUAAAGCUCGUGAUGUCCCACCA